AUGGCUCCAGCACCAGCAUGGUCUGAUCUCCACAUAGAACUUCUCACUCUAGUUUUUGAAAAAUUUGAAGAUGAUUUUGAAUAUCUAUCAUCUUGUGCAAGUGUUUGCGUUUCUUGGCGCGCGGCCAUCCGCAAAUUGUCCCUGCGUCUUCUACCCAAACUACCAUUCCAACUAUUACUCAUCAAAGACAACGGCAGCGGAGUCUCCCUCAUCGACAUUCAAAACCUAAAAACCCGCGAAAUUCGAAUUAAUCCAACGCUACAAAGAAGAUGGAUUCGUAGUUGCUCUCAUGGUUGGCUGCUGACGAUUGGUCGUGCUUGGCCACAUGAAAUUAAUUUCCUGAACCCCAUCACCGGAGUGCGGAUUAGGCUUCCGCCAGCAGGGAACCAGUUCAAUCCAAGUGAAGGAGGAUUGACGGUGGUCACAUCUGGAAACCCCUCAGAUUCUAAUUGCAUGGUUUUAGGCGCACACUCAUGGAGCCAAGAACUAGUCUUUUGCAAACCAGGUGACCGAACUUGGACUAGAAUCAACCAUUCUUCUUCAAAAGUGUUUUUGCUCCCCGCGAUGUUUUACAAGGGUGAGUUUUAUAUUAGAUAUAAUUAUUUUAUCGGUCGUAUACGUGGCGACCUGAAUAAUUCAGGUACUCUCUUCAUGGAGGAAUUGAUACGGAUGCCUCAUUUUUCUCCUGUGGAGGGGUUGUUACUUCAUAAAUCUGGAUACACUUGCAGUUACUUGGUGGAGUUAAUGGAUGAUUUGUUAAUAGUGUUGAAACAUGGGUAUUUUAAUCCACAAGACAAAAGAAGAAGAUUUGAGGUAUACAGAUUGAAGUGGGAGGGUGGGAAGGAAUGGGUUCCAGUGAAAAGUUUAGGCAACAAUGGCAUUUACCUUGAUUGUCCAUCUUCCAUAUCUGUCUCGGUUGGGAGGGAUAAUAGUAGAGAAUGUAGAGCAAAUUGUAUCUACUUUGUUGAAAGAUCAUGCCAAUGCAUCAAUCGUGGUGUCUAUGACAUGGAAAUGCAGAUUACUCAAUGGUCUUCAGUUCGAAAAGUAACGGGACUAGCGGCAAGUAGUUACAAAGAUAACUGA